AUGUACCUGCUCACUGUGUGGGGAAAUUUGCUCCUCAUUCUGGCUGUCAGCUCAGAUUCCCACCUCCACACCCCCAUGUACUUCUUCCUCUCCAACCUGUCUUUGGUGGACAUCUGCUUCACCUCCACCACUGUCCCCAAGAUGCUGCACGACCUCUGGACACAGAGCAAAGCCAUCACCUAUGCGGGCUGCAUCUCGCAGAUGUUGUUUUUAAUACUGUUUGCAAUAUUGGAUGACUUCCUCCUAGUUGCAAUGGCCUAUGAUCGCUAUGUGGCCAUCUGUCACCCCCUGCACUACACAGUUAUCAUGAAUCCUCAGCUCUGUGGACUUCUGGUUCUGGGUUCCUGGCUCACUGUGGUCUCAUUAUUUUAUUGCACAGCCCUAGGAGUUUACCUGGGUUCUGCUGGUACCCAAAGCUCACAACCAAUUGCAGUAGUCUCAGUGAUGUACACUGUGGUCACUCCCAUGCUGAACCCCUUCAUCUACAGCCUCAGGAACAAAGACAUCAAGAGGGCACUGAGAAGACUCUUUGAAUGUUAUGGAUUCUGCGGUGGGGGCUUUCAGGUCCUGCUGCAUGGUGUUGAAUGA